AUGAUCGAGGAGAACAGACGUAAAGCUUUGGAGAGGAGAGCGCAAAGACUAGGGCAAACUGCGCCUACAAACGCACCCAUGAUCAGCGGGGCAUCAGUGCCAAUAUCUUUUCGAUCUCACAAGCCGAAUGAUGCCCCUUCAACUUUUGAACCCACAGUGCCACGUCCCGAGUCCAAGAGAUUUGUGCCUCCGUUUCGUAAAACCUCUGCACCUGUCUCAUCUGGCACAACACAAACCAUGUCUGUUGCUCCUCCUCCUAGAAAGCUCCAAAUUAUUGAUGCUCAACCUCACCCUAAAGGCUCUUCCACUGUAAACCCUGCACCCGCGAAGAGACCUGUUAUCUCUGCGAGAGGAAAGUGUGUGCCACAUACAGAAGGCCGCUUCAGAGUGGAGGUGGGCUUUCAUGCACAACUUAUAGAUGUCUUCAAAUCCAUACCUUCAAGAAACUUUGACCCAGCUACAAAAAUGUGGAACUUCAGUCUAGAAGAUUAUCAGCAUUUAAUGCGGGGUGUAGCUGCCAUUUCCUCUGUUUCUAUAAGGCCUCUUGAGGGAAUGGAAGCACUGGACAUUGAAGUUGCCAUGAAUAGCGCCCGUGACGGAGCAGCUUUGGGAGCACUGCUGAAGCUGUGCAGCGGGUGGCAGAAACCUGGAGCCACCUUACAGGGCCAGUGUGUCCUCGUGUCGCCGUCAGAGUUUGAGGUUGACAUUGGUUUCCACGUGGAUGUGAUUGCAGCUUUUAAGCAAAUGCCAAACAGGAGUUAUGACAUGGCAACAAGAAAGUGGAGCUUCUCGCUUGAAGAUUACAAACCUCUGAUGGACCUCCUGAGUGGAAUAGCAGCCGUCGAGGUGGAGCCUCUUCCCAGGGCAAUAAUCCAGGCUUUCUCUGCCAGGUUUGAAGGGGCUCCAGCCAGGUCCGUAGCUAUCCCAGAGGCAGACCUUUCCAACAUAGACUCCACACUCACUGCAAGCCUGAUGCCCUUUCAGAGAGUAGGGGUCAAUUUUGCAGUGUGUAAGGAGGGUCGAAUUCUUCUGGCUGAUGACAUGGGUUUGGGGAAGACCAUACAAGCCAUUUGCAUAGCAGCCUUCUACAAAAGCGAAUGGCCUUUACUGGUGGUGGCUCCUUCCUCUGUUCGAUUUACAUGGGCAGAGGCCUUCAAGCGCUGGCUGCCCUCCCUGAACACUGAUAACAUAAAUGUCGUUGUAAAAGCCAAAGACGACAUCCGCGCUGGUUUAGUCAAUGUCAUCAGCUAUGACCUGCUGAGCCGAAUAGACAAACAGCAUCUUGGAAAUGCCUUUAAAGUUCUCAUCAUGGAUGAAUGCCAUUUUAUGAAAAACAUAAAAACAGCUCGUUGUAAAGCAGCUCUUCCACUUCUGAAGGCUGCAAAGAGAGUUAUUCUUCUUUCUGGGACCCCAGCCAUGUCCAGGCCUGCUGAGCUUUACACCCAGAUCCUGGCCGUCAGACCCACACUUUUCCCACGCUUUCAUGACUUUGGGAUGCGGUACUGUGCUGCCAAACAGAUGAACUGGGGCUGGGACUACUCAGGCUCGUCUAAUCUGGGAGAGCUAAAGCUGCUGCUAGAGGAGUGUCUGAUGCUGCGGCGCCUCAAGUCAGAAGUCCUGUCUCAGCUGCCAGCCAAACAGCGCAAGGUGGUGACAAUUACCAUCGAGGGGAUCAACGUGCAAACUAAGGCUGCGCUGGCUGCUGCUGCGAAGGAGCUGGCAAUGGGGCACCGCAACAAAACAGAGGAGAAGCAAGCACUUCUUGUCUUCUUUAACCACACGGCUGAAGCCAAGCUAAAAGCGAUCAUGGAGUACAUCUCAGAUAUGCUUGAGUGUGGGAGAGAGAAAUUCCUGGUAUUUGCACAUCACAAGUUGGUCCUGGAUCAUAUCUCUGCAGACCUGACCAAAAAGAACGUGAAUUACAUUCGUAUUGACGGUGCCACGCCCUCAGCCGAGCGACAGCUGCUGUGUGACAAGUUCCAACACUCCACUAAGCCCUAUGUAGCAGUGCUGUCCAUCACCGCAGCCAACAUGGGUCUGACAUUACACGCGGCUGACCUGGUUAUCUUUGCAGAGCUUUUUUGGAACCCUGGGGUCCUCAUUCAGGCAGAGGACCGGGUGCAUCGAAUUGGACAGACUUGCAAUGUGAACAUUCACUACCUGGUUGCCAAGGGAACUGCUGAUGACCACCUUUGGCCACUUAUCCAGGAGAAAAUGAAUGUUUUGGAAAAGGUCGGUCUGUCUGAGUCAAAUCUCUCAGAAAACGCAAUCAAUUCCAGUUUCCACUCAAAAGACCCAAAUCAGAGAAGCAUCAUGGAUAUGUUUCAGAGAUCAUUUACAAAUGAAGAUGACAUUGAUGAAGCUCUCCUAGUGGAAGCUGCCAAUGAAUGGGACAGCACGACCACGACCGAAGAACACAUUUCAAACAAACAUACUAACAAAAGAACCAUUGGUGAUUUCUUUAGCUGA